AUGAAUUCUUCCUCUGUGGACUCGCUAACUCUUGAUACUGAGGCGGUGAUCAAGAGCUGCGAUGAUGGCCGGGAGGACAGUGGUGGCCGGGAGGACAGUGGUGGCCGGGAGGACAGUGGUGGCCGGGGUGACAGUGGUGGCCGGGAGGACAGUGGUGGCCGGGAGGAGAGUGAUGCCCGGGAGGACAGUGGUGGCCGGGGUGACAGUGGUAACCAGGGUAGUGGCCGGGGUGACAGUGGUGGCCGGGGUGACAGUGGUGGCCGGGGUGACAGUGGUGGCCGGGAGACCUUUAACUGUGCUGUUGUGGCCCUUCAAUGCCAGACAAAGUUUUAA